CCCAGGGAGGGGGGAAGCUGAUGUUGGAGAGAGGGCUGGGCGGAGCGCUGGGGCUGAGUCACUCUUUAUAAAAGUCUCCAGGAGCAGAGAGCGCGGACUUCUGCAGCUCCACUGCCCGGAGAGGGAGGCUCUGUGUUCGGAUUGUUCUCAAAUACCAACUCCUUCCACUGGAAGCAUCUCUUCACCCCCCUCCCGACUGAAUACCACUCCACGACCCGUACACCCUUUACCUAUUCCCCCCCCUACCCCAUGGAUCUGAAGGUGGAAGCGCAGCGGGUGAUGGCCGUCGCCCUGGGUAAGAUGUACAACUCCCGGCUCCAGAGGGGAGGUGUCCGGCUACACAAGAGCCUCUUACUGUCGCUGGUGCUGCGCAGCGCCCGGGACAUUUACCUGAACGUCAGGGCCGAGCAACAGCAGCAGGAGGCUGGACACGCUCAGCAAACAGAGGCCGGGGCCAUGGAGGUGGACGUCCGGUGUGAGGAGGGGCAGGGAGGAGCCCGGCUCGGAGGCAGUCCCCGAGGCGAGGAGUCCAAUGUGGCGCCCCGGCAGGGGGAGUGUAUCCAGUCCCGGCAGGGGGAGUGUAUCCAGCCCCGGGAGUGUAUCCAGCCCCGGGAGGGAGGAAUGUAUCCAGCCCCGGGAUGUAUCCAGCCCCGGGAAUGUAUCCAGCCCCGGGAAUGUAUCCAGCCCCGGGAGGAGGAAUGUAUCCAGCCCCGGGAGUGUAUCCAGCCCCGGGAGUGUAUCCAGCCCCGGGAGGAGGAAUGUAUCCAGCCCCGGGAAUGUAUCCACUGCGGCCGAGACAAUGUAUCGGAUCCGGGACACAGUGGCUCCUCGGUUUGCCCGGCUUCAUGCCCCAGCCAGCGGCGUCUGGGGACAGCAAGCAGCCCCGGGCCGGAGCCGGAGAGGAGCCGAAAGCGGAGGAAAGCCUGGGAACAGAGGGACUGCCCUGACUCCGGGUGCCUGCCCGUAAAGAGAGCCCGCCUGGAGGACGGGGAGUCCCGGAGGCCGGCGGAAUCCACCUCCAGCCUGGUCUGUGCCCUCGGCUCCGGCUUCAGCGGUAUCCUCGGCGAUUCCCCCGGGGAGCAGCCGGUGUCCCCGGGUCAUAUCUGCCGGGACCGGGCGCUCAGUGAGCUGGGCAGCUGGCCCCGAGCCAUCGUGGCGUAUUGAAGCCGGAAGAGAGGGUGAGGACUGCGGAGAGUGAGCGGGGAGGAACACCCCACAUCCAGGAGCACGCCUUGGAAACGGGCGGAGAAAUCGCCUCUGGAUCCGGCAUUGAGAGAGUGUUUUCCGGCUCAGAGAGAGCGGAGCCUGGGCCAAAGCUAAUCCGAGAGACAGAGGGAGGGAUCCUCUCAGACUGUUGUUUCCUGAACCUUGGAGCCAAGUUCCAGGCAGUGACGAGGCGGUUUCCAUCAUUGUUACACAACAGGAUCGCAAGUUUCCUGCUUCGAUCUAUAGACUUGAACUGAAGCCAUCGGGUCAGUAACUGAGCCCAUUUCCCCCGGCGGGUGUUAUUCAAACCGGGACACCACCAAACACUAUAUGGAUCAACGCUGCUGUCAAAUAAACUUUAUAUGGAAGUUAAUGUAUUUCUAAAUGUUAGAACUUUUUAAAAUGAGACAAUAAAGACCAACUGCAUUUAUAAUUGGUUCUCUUGAUGGGACUGAGUAAAGUUUAUAAAUUAAUGUA